AAUACAGAAUACCUUCUUCUCACGCCCGUCCUUGUUUUCCACAGCUCGUUAAACCCCGGAAUGGGUUAUCUGAGCAGAGCUCAAAAGGCUCUGAAAUCAUCAAACUUUCUGUAUUUUUCACAAACUUCCUCCAAAUUUAGCUGGCUUUCUGCUUUGUUGGGAAGCAACCCACUUUAUGGUAGUCCGAAUUGUCGCCAUUUUGGAUUGAGCCAACCUUUCUGUUCUCAUUCUCGUCAAAACAGCAAAGAAAAUGUCAUAGAUUUGAAUCAGUACCCGCCAGAAUUGAUUAGGAACUUCUCCAUAAUUGCCCACGUUGAUCACGGCAAGUCCACUCUCGCUGAUCGACUUCUGGAGCUCACUGGGACCAUUAAGAAAGGCCAUGGUCAGCCUCAGUACCUCGACAAAUUGCAGGUAGAGAGAGAAAGGGGAAUUACUGUAAAAGCUCAGACUGCAACAAUGUUUCACAAGCACAAUUUCCAUGGUGCAGACAAAAAUGAUACGCAUGAACAACCGAGCUUCUUAUUAAAUCUGAUUGACACACCUGGUCACGUGGAUUUCAGCUAUGAAGUAUCAAGAUCACUGGCAGCUUGCCAGGGUGCCCUUUUGGUUGUAGAUGCUGCUCAAGGUGUUCAAGCACAAACUGUUGCUAACUUUUAUCUUGCCUUUGAAUCCAACCUUACAAUAAUACCUGUCAUAAACAAAAUUGACCAGCCAACUGCUGAUCCUGAUCGUGUUAAAGCUCAGCUAAAGUUGAUGUUUGAUCUUGAUCCUAAAGAUGCUCUUUUAACAUCAGCGAAAACAGGACAGGGUCUUGAGCAAGUACUUCCUUCCGUUAUAGAGCGCAUACCACCUCCUCCUGGGAACAGCAGUUCACCUCUGCGUAUGCUAUUGUUGGACUCCUACUAUGAUGAAUACAAAGGAGUGAUAUGCCAUGUUGCUGUUGUUGAUGGCGUGCUACGCAAGGGGGACAAAAUUUCAUCAGCAGCGACUGGCCAAACCUAUGAAAUUUUGGAUGUUGGAAUCAUGCAUCCUGAGCUCACUUCUACGGGAAUCCUUCUUACUGGACAAGUGGGGUAUGUUGUGAGUGGAAUGCGUUCAACUAAAGAAGCGCGUGUUGGAGAUACACUUCAUCAUAAUCGAAGUGUCGUAGAGCCUCUUCCUGGGUUCAAGCCGGCAAAACAUAUGGUAUUCUCUGGUCUUUAUCCUGCUGAUGGGUCAGAUUUUGAGGCACUCAACCAUGCAAUAGAGAGACUGACUUGCAAUGAUGCUAGUGUUUCAGUUGCUAAAGAGAGUAGCACAGCUCUUGGUCUGGGUUUCAGGUGUGGUUUUUUGGGCUUACUUCACAUGGAUGUUUUUCAUCAGCGGCUUGAACAGGAGCAUGGAGCUCAUGUUAUUUCUACCAUUCCAACUGUUCCUUACAUUUAUGAGUAUUCCGAUGGGAGCAAAGUCCAAGUGCAGAAUCCAGCUGCAUUACCCUCAAAUCCAAAGAAACGAGUUACAGCUUGUUGGGAACCUACAGUACUAGCUACAAUCAUAAUUCCUAGUGAGUAUGUAGGGCCUGUUAUCACUCUUUGCUCUGAGCGGAGAGGGCAGCAGCUGGAGUAUUCAUUUAUUGACAGUCAACGUGUUUUUAUGAAAUAUCGAUUACCUUUGAGGGAAAUUGUUGUUGACUUUUACAAUGAAUUGAAGAGUAUGACAUCUGGUUAUGCGUCAUUUGAUUAUGAGGAUUCAGAAUAUCAACAAUCUGAUAUGGUAAAACUUGAUAUCCUUUUAAAUGGACAACCAGUUGAUGCAAUGGCAACCAUUGUUCAUAACUUGAAGGCACAACGCGUUGGUCGUGAACUGGUGGAGAAACUCAAGAAAUUCAUAGACAGGCAAAUGUUUGAGAUUACAAUACAAGCAGCAAUUGGAUCCAAGAUUAUAGCGAGGGAAACAAUUUCUGCAAUGAGAAAAAAUGUUCUGGCUAAGUGUUAUGGUGGGGAUGUUACUCGAAAGAAGAAGCUGUUGGAGAAGCAAAAGGAAGGAAAAAAGAGAAUGAAGCGUGUUGGUUCCGUUGAUAUACCUCAGGAGGCUUUUCAUGAACUACUCAAGGUUUCAUAGAAGAAUUAUCCAAGAUGAUCAGCCAUAUCUAUAACUGAUUAACUGUUCUUCUUGUUUUUACGUUUAUCAGAUGAAGAUUGUUUUGGUGAGCCUUCAUGGCAGAUACCACUGAUUGAUCGGAACCUGUCGGGAUAGAAAGAAGGAAGGAAAGAAGCAAAUGCAGUGGUAGACUAAACGGAGGCCUUCUCAAGGAACUUUCAAAGAUUUGGUGCAGAUGAAAAGUCAAAAACACUAAAAUGUACUCAUUAGUGAUUUUUCUUCUUUAAAUGAUUUUAUCCUUACAAUUUUGACAGUUUUUUUUUUUUUUUUUUUUGUGUUUUUUUAACCGGAAAUUUUGAUUCUUUUGCAUUGUAAUACAUAGAGGUGCUGGGAAAUUACUCAUGUUUAUUGGGAUAUUGAGGAGGGGUACGUACGUAAAUUAAUUGGUGGAUCUCAAUAAGUUACAUGGAAUAUUACACUUCCAUAAAAUAGGAAUUUUCCCAUUUACGAAUUUUC